AUGUGUGUUUGGAUGUUUCAACAACGAGAAGCACGUGAACAACAAGAGGGAGGACAAGAAGAAUAUGAAAGACAAGAAUUAGAACGUCGAAAACAAAGAAAAGCAGAAGAGGAAAUUUAUCGUUUACAAGAAGCAGAAACAACUCAGGCAGCUGAAACCUUUUGGGCUCGUGCUUUUUUUGGCUUUGAGGCAGUGGGUGAUGAUGGAUGUACUACUGAAGAUGGUACACGUAAUGGAUUAUUCUCAGUUUUUGGUUAUGGCGUAGAUUCAAAUCCUGAUGAGAAGUUCAUGAAGCCGAAUCAUCAAGCCUUACCUUCAGCCAUAGUUUUAUAUGAUUAUGCUGCAGGAGAGCCUAAUGAGAUUUCAUUUGAGAAGGGACACACAUCAUCACCGAUAUUGAGAAGAUCGGUGAAAAGUACAGAAGAAAAGUCUAGCAAUCGUGUAAUCGAGAAGGAUGACCAUUUAACUUCGUCAAAAAGUCAUGAGAAAUGUAUAAACUCAGGUGAUAAACCUUAUCAAUGUACUUUUUGUAAUACAAUGAUCCAAAAUACGCGAACUAAGACAUUUAAAUGUUUACAACCUGAACGUAAUAAUAACCUUUUUGAUUUCUGGACACUUACCAUACAUUUACGAGCACGUACAGGUGAAAAUCAAUUUAAAUAUAAAUUCGAAAGAUGUAUUAAAUAUUUUGCGAAAUCACCAAACAUGUAG